AUGUCGCCUUGUAGAAGGGAAGGUUGUCCCUCGAAGGUCCUGCACAGUGCCGAAAUCCGGCGGCUGGUGGUGGCCUGGGAGCGCUGGCGAGCUUUGAAGGUGGGCUGGCCCACAAAUUGCCCGGGUGGCGAUUUGGUCGACACAUUGCCGGCCAUUGCUCGGACCUUGUCUUGGGAACAGCAGAAACUUGAGGCCGAGUGGCGAUCCUUCGUGGGGGAGGACAGAGCCAUUUCGGCCGAGUUGGCUGCAGCUGCCGAGAUUGCAGUGGAACGGGCCAGGCUCCGGGCACUCACAACCCUUGCCGCCACUUUGAGAGAUGCUUCAAGGACUGCGCUCAGACGAGAGCUGCGUCGAUGGCAUCACCAGGCACGCCAAAAGUCUCUGGAGCUCAAAGCCACAAGGGCGUGGUGCCGGCAAAGGCUGAUUUGCUGCUGGACGUCCUGGAAGGCCUGGCUGGCAGCUCCCCCGUUCCAGAUCUCCCAGCUUCGUGGCGCUUGCGCUCUGGAGCGAUCAGUUUGGAAGUUGGUACGUGCUCAGCUUGUUUUCGCUGUCCAUGAGAAGUGGCGGCCAUCAAGCCAGAGACGGAAACCAGAAGGCAGCCCAGAAAAGCGCAGAACAAGGUCGCCGUUGGGGGUGACCACCUCUGAUGCUUGGGCGUUGCCAUACGCUGGCACAAGAAGUUUGGAGAUGGGGAGCUUGAACAAUGCGGGCGAAACCUUGCACACUGAUGCGGUGGCGGUGGCCAACCGGGCUGACAGUUUGAUGAGGCUCAAGGUUCGACUGGCCUGGCAUGCAGACUUCGCCAACCGCUGCUUCGGGGUGGCAGGCAGACUGCACCAAGCUCCAUGCGAAGAGGAUUCCUUGGUCUGCUUAAAGGAGCGCUUGGAUAGGGGUGCCGCCUGCCUGCUGGAGUACACAUUGGCCUCUGUGUUUCGAGCGCAUCUGCGCUGGGCCCUGAAUUCACUGCUGUCUGCCGCGGCAGCACCAGCUCUUCAAAAGCCAAGGCAUCGCUUGCUCGCCCCAGCUCCUGCGUUGAAGUGGGCCUAG